AUGAUUAUUCUUAUUCAAUGUAUCUCCUGCUUUUUUCAUCCUUCGUUGUUUCGUCUUCUGUUUUUUUAUUCGUUCUUUUCUUCUUUGGCAUUUAAAUUUAUUCUUUCUUUCUUUCGGACAUUGCUCUUUGCUUUUUUUUCUUUUUAUUGGAGUUUCCUAUUUCUCCCCCUUUCUCUUUUUUGCGUCGUUUACAUUUUUUUCUCUUUUCUUUUCCCAUGUCACUUAUUUCUUUUCCUCGUCCAUAGUUUUUCUUUCUUUCUUUUUUUCUUUCUUUUUUCUUUCUUUCUUUUUUUGACAUCUAAUUAUUUUCCUUGUUUCUUUCCACCAUUUCUCUUUUUUUUUUCUUUUUGCCUUUUCUAUUUUCUCCCUUUCUCUCUUUUUGGCUCUUUGCAACUUUUUCCUUUUUUCCUUUCCCAAGUCACCUUUUUCUUUUCCUCGUCCAUAUUCUUUCUGUCAUGUUCUUUUUUUUUCUUCCCUUUCUAUAUGUGUUUCUUUCUUUUCUCAUUCUUUCUUUUCGGCGUCUACAAUUCCCACGUUUCUUUGUUUCUCUCAAUGUUUCAAUAUUCUGUUUUGGUCAUUCUAUCUUUUGGUAUAAUCACUUUUUUCUUUCUCACUUUCGUCCAUUCCUCUUUUUUUUCUUUUUCUUAUUCCAAUUCUCUUUCUUUCUUUCUUUCUUUCUUUCUUUCUUUCUUUCUUUCUUUCUUUCUUAUACCAAUCAUUAUUAUUUCAGUUCUUUUCUCUUUUAAUUCCCUAUAUCAUUUUUUUUUAUACAUCUAUUCAUUUUUUUUUUACUUUAAAUGUUAUUUUUAG